AUGGCAGGGCUGGCCGUCCUCUUCGCCCUAAACGCUUCCACGCCAGUGGUCAAGUCUGCGGGCGGGAAGAUGUGCUUCCUCAUGCUGGGCUCUCUGGCCUGCGCCUGCAGCAGCCUCUUCUGCUACUUCGGGGAGCCCGCCUGGCACACAUGCCUGCUGCGGCUCCCCCUCUUUGCCAUCAGCUUCACCGUCUUCCUCUCGUGCAUGGCAACACGCUCCUUCCAGAUCAUCUGCAUCUUCAAGCUGAACGCGCGCUGGCCGGCCCUCUACGAGGCCUGGCUGCGGCGCAGGGGGCCGGUGCUCUUCAUCUCCGCCAGCUCGGUGGCUCAGGCCAUGCUGUGCCUGGCCGCGGAGGCCACCAGCCCCACGGCGCCGCAGAGGGACUACGGCGCGUCGGCUGAGCGGGUGGUGCUGGAGUGUGCCCCGAGCACGGCGGCGGGCAGGACCGCCGCCAUCGCCUACACCGUGCUGCUCAGCACUUGCUGCUUCGCCCUCAGCUACGCGGGCAAGGACCUGCCCGCCAGCUACAACGAGGCCAAGUGCCUCACCUGCAGCCUGCUCCUGCACCUCGCCUGCUCCGCCGCCGUCUUCUGCACGCAGGGCGUGUUCCGCGGCCGGAGCGAGGCGGUAGUGCGGGUGCUCGGCGGCCUCUGCACGCUGGCCGCGCUGCUGGGCGGCUACUUCCUCCCGAAGGCCUUCGUCCUCCUGCUGCGGCCGCGCCUCAACACGGUGCUCUCUGUUCCUGCUCUCCCCAGGAAGCACACUGGAGAGAAGCCCUUUGAGUGUUCCAAAUGCGGCAAGUGUUAUUUUAGAAAAGAGAAUCUCCUGGAACAUGAAGCCAGAAAUUGCAUGAACCGAUCGGAGCAGGUUUUCACGUGUUCGGUCUGCCAGGAGGUGUUCAAGAGGCGGAUGGAGCUGCGGCUGCACAUGGUGUCACACACGGGGGAGAUGCCGUACAAGUGCUCCUCCUGCGCCCAGCAGUUCAUGCAGAAGAAGGACCUGCAGAGCCACAUGAUCAAGCUGCACGGCGCGCCCAAGCCCCACGCGUGCUCGACCUGCUCCAAGUGCUUUCUGUCUCGGACAGAGCUGCGCCUGCACGAGGCCUUCAAGCACCGGGGAGAGAAGCUGUUUGUCUGCGAGGAGUGUGGGCACAGGGCCUCGAGUCGCAACGGCCUGCAGAUGCACAUCAAGGCCAAGCACAGGAACGAGCGGCCCUAUGUCUGCGAGUUCUGCCACCACGCCUUCACGCAGAAAGCCAACCUCAACAUGCACCUGCGCACGCACACCGGCGAGAAGCCCUUCCAGUGCCACCUCUGCGGCAAGACCUUCAGGACACAAGGUACCCCCGGGCGCGCGGCUGGGGCUGGCAGCCGCGGCAACACCCGCCCUCUCCUGCCCGUUCCCCCCCGGAGCAAAGCCCCGCUCGGGAGCACACGCCACGUCCGCCGGCACAAGGGCGUCAGGAAAUUCGAGUGCACCGAGUGCGGGUACAAGUUCACGCGGCAGGCUCACCUGAGGCGCCACAUGGAGAUUCACGACCGCGUGGAGAACUACAACCCCCGGCAGCGGAAGCUGCGGAACCUGGUCAUCGAGGACGAGAAGGCCGUGGUGGUGGCGCUGCAGCCGCCCCCGCCGCUCGAGGUGGGCUCGGCCGAGGUGAUCGUGGAGUCGCUGGCCCGCGGGCCCCUGCCCGAGGAGCUCCCUGUGCAGAGACUCUGCUCCAACGAGAAUUUCUCCCCGGCGGACGUGAUCGAGCAGUCGCUGAUCAUAACGACGACAAUUCCCGAGGACUGUGAGGCGUAACGCGGGCGCCUGACCACCGCAAAGCCUCGGGCUGGAGCCCCCACCCCUUCCCCGCCAAGGUCCCACCACGGCUGCAGGGAAACGAAGCCCUAACGAGGGUCUAAUCGGGUCUCAAAUGAAGAAACAAACACGAAGCCACUCCCAACAGCUACUGAAAUAAAGGUACGUGUCCCGCACGAGGUGGGGUGUGACCGAGGACUCCGGGUGUGUAAUACUGUGAAUUUUGAACGAGCUCUCGUGUGCGGCUGGAGGAACAGCCGGCAGCUCUGCCGUGGGUCUGGGAGCUCGGGAUUAAAGCUUACCUUGCCAGGACAGCGUGGCUCUGCCCCUUUUUUUCAACGCCUCCUCUGUUACAUUUGUGCCUUAUUUCUACUUUGGUGCGUCAGGCUUCUGUUAACUGCGGUUUCUUUACUGCUGGAGGCGGGGCGGGACCUGCGUCCUCUCUCCACGGGGAUCAUUUAGCUCUUCCUUAACUUGAAAAGCAUCACCCGAACGGUGCCGCAGCUCCGCAUUGUGGGGAUUUCCGUGUCCGACA